AACCGCUGUCCUGACCGACCUCGAGUCUCCUCUCUCCGGCAGCUCGGUCUCCGGCUCCGCCUCUCUCAGCACCAACACCCGACCGACUCCCUUGCCUGCCUGCCACCACCCCAAAGCCCCUUCCAGCUCCAGCCUGUCCUUCCCCCUCCCCUAGCCGGACUCCAUACUGCUGUCCCAACGAGAACCCACCGUUCCCAAGCCAAAUUCCCUCCUAAUUUUGCCGGACGAAAACAAAAAGAACUGUGCUAACUUGAAAAGAAGUGUAGACAGGAGUUAUAUCGGAGAAGUUUUUCUUCUCUCCCCCCAGUUUUUGGCCCCGCGGCGGGGCAAGAUAUAAAGGGCAGGCCGGGGGGGAAAGGAGACCGUAUGAUGUGGAUCUGGUACCUCUUGCUUGGUUCGGGGUCAGGCUCAAGCACGGUUGAGAGCCAGCUGCUCCCAGGGAAUAACUUCACCACGGAGUGCAACAUCCCAGGAAACUUCAUGUGUGGAGAUGGGAGGUGCGUCCCAGGCGGGUGGCAGUGCGACGGAUUGCCCGACUGCUUCGACAAGAGUGACGAGAAAGGCUGCCCUAAGGUCAAGUCGAAGUGCGCUCCUACAUUCUUCGCCUGCGCUAAUGGCAUCCACUGCAUCAUCGGACGCUUCCGCUGUAAUGGCUUCAGCGACUGUCCUGACGGGAGUGACGAGGAAAACUGCACAGGUAACCCUUUGGUGUGCUCGGAGGCUCGCUUCAAGUGCAGAAAUGGCCGCUGUGUGGACCGCAGCUUCCUGUGUAAUGGACAGGACAACUGCCAGGAUAACAGUGAUGAGGAGCACUGCCUGACCACAGCAGAAGCUCCUGGGCAAGACUUUGUGACUUUGGAUUACCGUCUGCGAUAUUACCCCAGCAUCACCUACGCCGUCAUCGGCAGCGCUGUUAUCUUUGUCCUGGUGGUGGCUUUGCUGGCCCUGGUGCUUCAUCACCAGAGGAAACGGAGUGUUCUGCUGCCUCGAGGGGUGAGAGGAGGCUCCCAUCACCACCACCACCACCACCAGCCCCUGCUCCUGUCCCGUUUGGUGAUCCUGGACCGGGGCCACGUGCAUCCCGGAGGUCCGGGCCUCUCCCCCAGCUCACCAACCGCAGCAGCCCAGUACAGCUCAACUCCCCCGGGCCUGCAGCUGCUCUCUGGGGCCCUGUAUCCCUCUGGGCUCUCCAUGGAUUCACCUCCAUCAUACUCACAGGCUGUUCUGGAUGUCAGUCGGCCUCCCUGGUUUGAUCUCCCUCCCCCUCCAUACCUCCCAGACGGGGAGCUUCCAUCAGAAGGAGAGCUGCCCCAGUACGAGGCUCAGCAAGACCCUCAUACUUCAAGCCAGCCUACGGCACACACCUCUGCACCUCCCACUCCCAGAACUGUGGCCUCAUCCGUCAUCCGGGCCAGUCUGAGCUCCAGAGAAGAGUCAGACCAGCUGUAGCAGCUCUGUUGUAGACUUUGUAGAUAGAACCUAGAGACCACUGGACUGAAGGACAGGCUGCAGGGCCACAUGAGGCCAGAGAUCCAGCAGGCUGCUCUGCCUGGAGAGGGCCCAGAACGCUGACCUGCUGUGGGACGUCAACAGGGAUUGAGAAGUCCUAAACUCACUACCUAUACUAUUGGCUCAGUGAAGCACUGGACUGAGACAGGCUCAUCCUGCCCUUGUAUGCUGGCUCCCCCUGCUGGUGUUACAGCCACACAACCCCUGAAGAAUCACACAUUCUAUCAUUCAUCAUCAGUGGAUUUCAUCUGAAUCGGGGCCCCCCUCCUGCACCAAUAUUGUGUACAGUUGUUAAAAAAGUAUGACUCAGUGACUAGACACUGCAUCUCCAGGCAGGAAGCAGGAAUGAUGAGUUAAAACUGCCACUACUGAACAUAUCAUUGUGUUACCGACAACAUUGCAGUGCCCUAAUGGUCAUUGCGUGCAUUGCAGAGGGGCCGUCACACUAUAGGCUGUGCUGUGAAGACCUAAUAGUGCAGUUUAUGGAACAUACUUCAGAAACACUUAGAGAGCUGAGUCUUUGUUAUACAGCAUUUCUUACUGCCUAUUAUGGUCUUUAAAUUUCACCCAUUGAGAGCAUUUUUUUUUUUUUAAUCCAUGAUUGGGAUCAUAACAAAUUUCGCUUGAGCAGACUUUAAACUGUAGAAAAAAAUCUUUCCUCUGCAUUUGGCCUAUUCAGUGGCACAUGCAAUCACAUGUUGGUGCCUUGUUCUAAUUGAAGCUGCUACACAACACUUCUAUUUUUUUUAUUUUUAUUUUAUUAUCUUUUUUUAAAUGAAGCUAAAACUUUCUGCAUCCUUCAAUCUGCAAAGGCUGCCCUUUGUGUCUUAACAGCACUUGGGCAGCAGUGGCAGUUCUUUCUACCACAGCAAGGUGUCUCAUAGAGCCUCUGAUAGUUUCAUAGCAACACAUGCAGUAUCAUUACAACUACAAUGCACUAGAGCAGCUCAAUCAGUGGUACUCAGCAAUCAGAAUUUUUCUAUUUUCAGUGUUCAAGCAAAAAAUAUGCUAAUGUGGUUAGUAAUCAGAAUUAACAUUGUGUAACCUUUUUGUAGUCUUUAAAACUGAAACCAUUUUAGGGAAGUGUUCUCGAUGAGUUGCUUAGACAGAUUUAAUCUUAGUAUUUCAAAUAGAUCAGUUGAGGUUCUUGUGUAUGGUUCACAAUGGAGUUUUAAUACCUUGUCACUUGUUUAAAUUGUCAGCGGAUAGUGAAAAUCUCAUAGAAGUUCCAGUUAAAACCCCUACAUUAUGUGAAGAGGACCAUUGAGGUGAGGUUUCAUGGAGAAAUGCUGAGCUCCUAAAGAUCAUAUCCUUAUGCAGUGAGUUUUAGUCAAGUCAUUCCUGUGAGUAAGAGAACCGCCCCUUUUGGCGAGCUGUUUAUCGUUGCCUUGCUUACGACCAAUAAUGUUCUCAUGUAAAGAAAUGAAAGACAUGAUAUAUCUGGAGGCCAUAUUCUGUGUUGUUUUGGCCCCUUAGUGCCUUUGUAUGUACUUCUGAGCCUGUGGGUAAUGCAUAGCACUGAUCUGGCAUCGAUAAUCAAGUCACCUAAAAUCUUGCCUCAGAUCAGUCUGUUCAAGUUCACCUUGAGACAUGUAAGGUACAUAAUUAUGCCCAGAUGUUGUCAUAGAGAUUAACAGUUUGUCUCCAUAAUUGUCAUCCAUAGUAAUUUUAUUCAGUGAGGAUGAAAACUCGAACUGAAGGAUCUGUGUAUAUAAAAGUGCUGUUGUUGUUUUGCUGUUUUUCUGUCCUAUCAUUUCACUCAUUUAAAAGUGGUUCAUGCUACGUUGUACAUAGGGGAUUGGGAAAGUCAAGAAAUUUAUUUAAAAGUAGCCUAAACUAUGAAUAUUUAGAGCUUAAACCGAGAAAAGAAUGUGUAACAGUGAAAUGUAGUGCUUUGUGUCUUACCUCUUUGUUUGUCCUCGUGCCGGCAGUAAUAACGCCUGCACAAGAAAAAAUAAAUAAAUAAAUCAAGCCAAAGAUAAUCAUUAUUAAUUAACCUUUUCCCAAGGAUGUACUCUUACCCUCCAAAGCUUUGACAAUUGUGUAACAUUUUGUUCCAAUACCAUGGUACAACGUGCAAAGGUUUUUUUGGGAAAAAAAAAAAAAACAAAAGGCAGAGAAUUCAUCUUUAAUUACUGUAAAA